CAUUCUCUCUCUCUCUCUCUCUCUGGGGAGCCAUGCUGAGGGCUCUAAUGGCUGUUGCCAUAAUGGCAGCAAUGGCUGGAUUUGCAAGGGGGAGGAACUAUGUUGUAGGAGCUCCAACAGGUGGAUGGGAUCUACGCACUAACUACACUCUUUGGGCUUCAACCAAGACAUUCCAACCUGGUGAUACAUUGACCUUCCUGUAUGGAUCGAGCCACGACGUGUUGGAGGUGACGAGCGUCGCCUACGGCUCGUGCGGGACGCCAAGCAAUCCGAUAUCGUCGGACAAAAGCGGGAACACCACCGUCGCGCUGAAGGCCGCAGGGACGCGGUACUUCAUCUGCGGGACGGCGGGACACUGCAGGAGCGGGAUGAAGAUGGCCGUCCGCGUAGCUUCGUCGGGCUCGCCGCCGCCCUCCCCGCUACCGGACUUCCCGCCCGACGGACCCGCCGAUCCGCCGUCGCUGCCGUUUCCGCCCUUGUCUCUUUCGCCGCCGGCUCCGAUGGGAGCGGCGGGCGGGGCCUGCGUGCAUGCCAAGGUUGCUGCAGAUCUCGGGAUCGGGAUCUCGAUGAUGAUGGCGAUGGUGGUGGUGGCGGCGGCGCUUUGAGCUCUGUGGAGAAAGAUGGAGAGAGAGAGAAAUAGACGCCAUUCUACUGGUUUUGGAUUCAUUUGAUUGCUUUCUACAUUUGUUCUGAUCUCGGGAUGAAACGUAUUCACAGAUUACAGCUUGGCUUCUCUUUUCUUUGAAUUGGAAUCAGACUUGUAGAGUUAGCUUUCUUCCCAUGAGUUGACCAACUCUUAAGUCAACUCAAAGCUUAGUGUCAGUAUAUUACUACAAGCAUGAUAGCACCUCGUGGAUUGAAAUCAAAAUAUGCUCAUCACAUGGAUAUGAAUUGCCCAACUCAUAUCCUCGAUGUAGGGUUGCAUGUUCAUGGCACGUUCUUCGCAUAUAUAUUUGUUGACG